AUGGCCCAAGAACAGAUUCCGUCGGCCACGUUCGACACGAUCCUUACUCUGGAUUUCGGAUCGCAAUAUACCCAUCUCAUUACCAGAAGACUGCGUGAGAUUGGAGUAUACAGUGAGAUGCUGCCAUGUACUCAGAAGCUGGCCGACCUUCCUUUCAAGCCCAAGGGAAUUAUCCUUUCCGGUGGCCCCUACAGUGUAUACGAGGACGGUGCCCCCCACGCUGACCCUGCGGUCUUCGAACUCGGUGUUCCUGUUCUUGGAAUCUGCUACGGUCUUCAGGAAAUUGCCUACCGACUUGGAAAGGACAACGUUGUUGCCGGUACUGCUCGCGAAUACGGCCAUGCCGACCUGAACGCCAAGAGACUCGACAGCCAGGGACACGUCGACAAGCUGUUCGCUGGUCUGGAGGAGCACGUCAAGGUAUGGAUGAGUCACGGUGACAAGCUCGUCAAGUUGCCAGAGGGUUUCCACACCAUCGCUACUACCGCCAAUUCGGAGUAUGCCGGUAUCGCACACGAGACCAAGCCUGUUUAUGGCAUUCAGUUCCACCCCGAAGUUACACACACCCCUGAUGGAGCUAAGCUCCUCCGCAACUUCGCCGUCAACAUCUGUGGUGCCAACCCCAACUGGACCAUGUCCAAGUUCGUCGACCAGGAAAUCCUUCGCAUUCGGAAGCUGGUCGGUGAGACAGAUCACGUUCUUGGUGCCGUUAGCGGUGGUGUCGACUCCACCGUUGCCGCCAAGCUCAUGAAGGAGGCUAUCGGUGACCGUUUCCACGCCGUCCUUGUCAACAACGGAUGCAUGCGUUUGAACGAGUGCGAGACUGUUGCUGAAACACUGAACAAGCAUCUUGGUAUCAACCUGACUGUCGUUGAUGCCUGCAAGCGCUUCUUGGAUGGCCUCAAGGGAGUCACUGACCCAGAGAAGAAGCGCAUGUUCAUCGGUGGUACCUUCAUUGACGUCUUUGAGGAGGAGGCGGAGAAGAUUGAGGCCUUGGCCGAGCACUCUGGUGCCAAGGUCAAGUGGUUCCUCCAGGGUACUCUCUACCCCGAUGUGAUUGAGAGUAUCUCAUUCAAGGGUCCUUCUGCGACCAUCAAGACGCACCACAACGUCGGUGCACUGCCUAAGCGUAUGAUUGAGGGACAAGGAAUGAAGCUCAUUGAGCCGCUCCGCGAACUCUUCAAGGACGAGGUUCGCCAGCUUGGAAGAGAGCUCGGCAUUGCCCACGAGCUUGUUAUGAGACACCCUUUCCCUGGCCCUGGUAUUGCCAUUCGCGUCCUGGGUGAAGUUACGCCCGAGCGUGUCGACAUCGCCAGAAAGGCCGAUCACAUCUUCAUCUCCAUGAUCCGGGAAGCCGGUCUGUAUGACAAGAUCUCUCAGGCUUACGCUGCCCUGGAUCCCAGCAAGGCCGUCGGUGUCAUGGGUGACAAGCGCGUCUACGCCGAAAUCAUCAUUCUGCGCGCUGUUGAGACCACUGACUUCAUGACUGCUCGGGCCUUCCCCUUCGAGAAUGAGUUCUUGAGCAAAUGCGCUACCCGCAUCAUCAACGAGGUCCACGGUGUCUCUCGUGUUCUCUACGACAUUUCCAGCAAGCCUCCUGCCACCAUUGAAAUGGAGUAA